AUCUCGGCCUCGGCGGAAGGCUGGCCUCGUUUACUUUUCUGUCCUUGUUUUUGUUUUAAAGCGACUAAUUUCGCUUUUACGCUGAAGGAAAAGGACUCGGUGUGACACACGGGACUGGUAUCGACGGCUGGAGGCUGCGUGUGAGCGUUUAAUCCUCCCAUCCGAGCCGAGGUGGAGUAGGCAGCCAUGCCGCCUGUUCAGAUCAGCCAGCCGGAGCCAAACAAGGCCGACGAGCAGAAAGAAGAGACCCCGGCCACCAAGCCCAUCGUGGGCAUCAUCUACCCGCCUCCCGAGGUCCGAAACAUCGUCGACAAGACUGCGAGCUUCGUAGCCAGGAACGGCCCAGAGUUUGAGGCGAGGAUUCGACAGAAUGAGAUCAACAAUCCCAAAUUUAAUUUCCUCAACCCUACCGACCCUUACCAUGCCUACUACCGCCACAAGGUUAACGAGUUUAAAGAAGGCAAGGGGCAGGAGCCGUCGGCGGCGGUGCCGAAGGUCAUGCAGCAGCAGUCCAUGCAGCAGUCGCAGCAGCAGCUACCACAGAAGGUCCAAGCGCAGGUGAUCCAUGAGACGAUCGUGCCGAAGGAGCCCCCUCCGGAGUUCGAGUUCAUCGCCGAUCCUCCCUCCAUCUCAGCCUUCGACCUGGACGUGGUGAAGCUGACCGCUCAGUUUGUGGCGCGUAACGGCCGCCAGUUUCUGACGCAGCUGAUGCAAAAGGAGCAGAGGAACUACCAGUUCGACUUCCUGCGGCCGCAGCACAGUCUCUUCAACUACUUCACCAAACUGGUGGAGCAGUACACCAAGGUUCUGAUCCCUCCGAAAGGACUCCUGCAGAAGCUCAAGAGGGAGGCCGAGAACCCGCGGGAGGUUUUGGAUCAGGUGAGGUACCGAGUGGAGUGGGCCAAAUUCCAGGAGCGAGAGAGGAAGAAGGAGGAAGAGGAGAGGGAGAAGGAGCGCGUGGCUUACGCUCAGAUUGACUGGCAUGACUUUGUCGUCGUGGAGACGGUUGACUUCCAGCCCAAUGAGCAAGGUAACUUCCCUCCUCCCACCACUCCCGAGGAGCUGGGCGCUCGCAUCCUGAUCCAGGAGCGCUAUGAGAAGUACGGAGAGAGCGAGGAAGUGGAGAUGGAGGUGGAGAGUGAGGAUGAGGAGGACGAGCGAGAAAACAGAGACGAAGGCCACGCAGCUCAGCCUGACCAGGACACACAGCUGCAGGAUAUGGAUGAGGGCUCUGAUGAAGAGGAGGACGGAAUGAAGGCUCCUCUUCCCCCUGAUAACCCAAUGCCCCCACCGCUGCCUCCGACACCUGAUCAGGUCAUCAUCCGCAAAGACUACGACCCCAAGGCCUCCAAGCCCCAUCCUACCAUCCAGGCUACAGAAGAGUACCUCAUUUCUCCCAUCACUGGUGAGAAGAUUCCGGCCAGUAAGAUGCAGGAGCACAUGCGCAUCGGCCUGCUGGACCCGCGCUGGCUGGAGCAGAGGGACCGCGGCAUCCGCGAGCGACAGAUCGAGGAGGAGGUGUAUGCCCCCGGCUUGGACAUCGAGAGCAGCCUGAAGCAGCUCGCCGAGAGGCGUACCGAUAUCUUUGGUGUGGAGGAAACGGCCAUUGGAAAGAAGAUCGGAGAAGAGGAGAUCCAGAAACCGGAGGAGAAGGUGACGUGGGACGGUCACUCUGGCAGCAUGGCUCGUACUCAGCAGGCCGCUCAGGCUAACAUCACCCUGCAGGAGCAGAUCGAGGCCAUCCACAAAGCGAAGGGUCUGGUGCAGGAGGACGACACCAAGGAGAAGAUCGGCCCCAGCAAACCCAACGAGCUCCCUCAGCCCCCGCUGCCCUCCACCGUGACCAGCAUACCCAAACCCAGCCCACCCAUCAAUACCAUGCCCAAACCCCCACCAGCUGUUCCUCCCCCAGUGCCGACCACCCUGCUGUCUGCUGUUCCUGUUAUCCCACGGCCUCCGAUGGCUCCUGUGGUGCGUUUGGCGCCUGGCCAGGUGCUGACCCCCAUGCCGCCCAUGGUACAUGCACCACGCAUCAAUGUGGUGCCUAUGCCCCCUACAGCGCCGCACAUCAUGGCCCCCAGACCUCCACCCAUGGUCGUUCCUGCAGCGUUUGUUCCAGCUCCUCCGGUGCCACAACCCCCCAGCGCAGCUCCGGCCCCAAUGCCCCCAGCCCACCCUCCACCUCCGCACGAGGACGAGCCCAUCAGCAAAAAGAUGAAGACGGAGGACAACCUGAUCCCCGAGGAAGAGUUCCUCCGCAGGAACAAGGGUCCCGUGGCAGUCAAAGUGCAGGUGCCCAACAUGCAGGACAAGACGGAAUGGAAGCUGAGUGGACAAGUGCUGAGCUUCACUCUGCCGCUUACAGACCAGGUGUCGGUCAUAAAGGUUAAGAUCCAUGAAGCCACUGGAAUGCCGGCCGGCAAACAGAAGCUUCAGUUUGAGGGUAUUUUCAUCAAGGACUCAAACUCUCUGGCCUACUACAACAUGAACAACGGGUCCGUUAUCCACCUGGCCCUGAAGGAGAGAGGAGGGAGGAAGAAGUAGCUGGUGCUGGCAGACAUCAGUGCUCUGCUUUAUUACCCUCACUGUGCUUGUUUAGCAGCUUCGUGGACAAACUGCAGCGUUCUCAGCCAGUAAUGUUCUGAAAAAGGCCUGGUUUCUUGUUAAUGUCACUGCUUUCAGUUGUAAUGCUUACUGUGUUGAUUGUCUUACACAAACAUGUUUUAGUGUGGAGCUUCGCCUUUAGGGAGCUGCAGUUGCUGUAAGACUCUUUUAGUUGUCACUACUUUCCAGUUUUGGUAGAGAUGAGCUUCUUUCGCCUUUCAUACCUGCUGCUUUUGUCAGGUGUGAAAUGAUAUUCAUUGUAUGCAAAAGCAAAAUCAAAUAAAUUUGGGGAGUGGA